UGUUCGCCUUGGCAUAAGCUUGCUCCGGAGUCGCCACUCUCUCUCUGUCUAGCACUCUCUCUCCCCGUCUCUCUCUGGCGCUCUCUUUCGCAAGCUUUCGUGCUCGCUUGCAACGCGUUCGUACACGUUCGUUCGCGUUCGCUCGUGUUGGCUCGCCUUCGCCAGUGUGGGUUGUCCGUUAUUCAAGUGUGUAUUGGUGUAGGUGUGUGUGUGUGUACGAGCUUGUCUGUGUGCUUUGUCGCACGCUGUUUUGUUGUUGCCCGCUGGACAAAAGCUGCCGCGCUGCGGCAGCGACGCCGCCGAGAGCAGCGGCAGCGAAGACGCGCUCGCCGCUAAAACGUCGCAAGUAGUCGCGUACUUCCGCCGUUACCGUUAGCACCACACACAAAACGGAGCUGCUAACCGCUAGACUACAAACGCCGCCAAAAACCCAAAAAACAAAAAAAUAAACACCGCUUCUUACCGUUAGCCGUCGCGGCCAAUCCAACCAACUCCCCGAAAACAAAAGCCAGUAAACAACAAAACAAGAAAUAUAAACCAAAUUACAUACUCAACUUAAUCAAAAAUCCAUGCAUAAACACACUUUGUGCAAUUUUUUUCAAGUGUCUCGCCGUGUGUUAUCAGAGAAAAAAAGAGAAUAAAUAAAUACAGAAUCCAAUUGGUUUUCACACAUACAGCCCUCGAAAAGCCAAUUGGGUUUCCACUUUUCUCCCCCCUACAAAUGAAGCCGCGUGCGUUUGUGACAACAACAACAACAACAACAAAACUGCCAAACAAACAACAAAUCCUUUAGGAAAUCGAAAUCAAGAGCGCCGCCGUGGAAAAGGUUCCUAAACUCCGGUUAAAACAACAGAUCACAAAGAGCAAGAGAAACCCCUAGUGACAAGUGUUUUACUAAAACCCGAUACUUUUUUUUUUUUGAAAAUGGCAGCCCUGGAAAAGCCCCGAAAAACCAAACUGAAACUGUCUGAUUAGAAAAUUCGUAAGCUAGAGGAUUCCAAUUAGUGAAUGUGUGAGAUUUUUUUUCAACCAAAACAAAAAAAGGGAAGAGAACGAGGCACGUGCAAUAUAAAUAAUUGAGGAGCAGAGGCAGAGGAGUAGUGAAACAAUAACCUAAAGACCUUAUAGACGAGAUCGGCAGGACAUUGCCCUUCGCCGGGUUUGUGUGCCUGUGUCUGGGAAGUUUUAAAAACACCUUCGGAAACUGGAAACAAAAAUGAGAAUUAAAAUGCCCGCGGUUCGAAUUGCACAAGAUUCCGACUCCACAGAGAACGAUGCCGUGGCCACACAGGACAUCCUCACGUGCGGCGCCUGCCAGAAGGCGUUCGCCCUCUCGGACAUUCUCAAGUUCAUCCAGCACAAGGUGCUGCAGUGCAACAAGGAGAACUACGGCCAGUGCGCCACCCAGAAUCCGCAGAUGGAUCGCGACGCGGAGGAGGGUCGCCCGCUCAGCCUCGUCAACCGCCGCCCCUCGAUCUCCGCCCCCAUUUCCGGCCGCAAGUCCGCCCCCGCGUCGGCGGCAGCAGCGGCGGUCGCCGCGGCAGCGGCAGCAGCAGCGGCGGCAGCAGCGGCGGCGGCGGCCAGCAGCACGGCCAGCGGCUCCAGGAUACACACACCGCCGCCGAGUCCGGCGGACCUGCUCGCCGACGGAGCCAGCAGCACGCCCAAGCGGCUAGUAGAUGAAAACGACAAUACCACGCCCAAGGACAGCGAGACGGGCGCCACCACCCUCGACUCGAACGCCGCCCCCUCCAGUCCGGCGGCCAUCGAGCGCCAGUCCUCCGGCGACAGCAGCUGCGAGCUGGAGGAGCAGGACCGGCGGGAGCAGCAGGCCAAGGUCAAGCAGGAGCCCUACGAGGAGGAAGCCCACAACCAUCACCACGAUGACCGCGACGACGACGACGAGGAGGAGGAGGAGGAGGAGCGCUCGCUGGCCAAGCGGCCCAAAAUGGAGCUGGUCGAUGCCGAGGCCAACACAGUCCACACAGAGCCCAGCAACUACACGUGCUCCACGUGCAAAACCCGCUACACCUCCGCCUGGCGCCUCAUCCAGCACGUCCAGCACUCGCACGGCGUGAAGAUCUACGUGGAGAGUCCCGGCAGUGGAGGCGGUGGUGGUGGCGGAGCCACCCUGACGGUGGCCACGCCCGCCGCCCUCAACAACAGUGCUCUGGCCCUGGCCGCCGCCGCCGCCGCAGCCGCUUCCGCCUCCGGCCUGGCGAGUCCACAGCCCGCAGUUAGCCCCAAUCCGAGCUCGAAUCCGCAUCCCAACAGCGCAGCCACAUCGGCGGGCAAGCGGAGCAGUCCGGUGGCAGCCGGAUCGGCCAUUCUGUCCAACAACUCGGUCAGCUCCACUUGCUCCAACUCGCUGGUGAACACCAGCGGCGGCAGCAUCAGCAACACCAGCAGCAUUGGCUCACCGCAGCAGCAGCAGCAGCAGCAGGCACAGCAGCAACAGUUGCAGCUGCAACAGCAGCAGGCACAGCAGCAACAGCAGCGCGUGCAGCAGCAACAGCGGGAGAACCUGGCCUCCGCCAUGGCCGCCGGCAUGCGUCACCAUCCGCUGCUGCCGCCGCCGGAGGCGAUGCACGCCAAUCCCUUCCAGCUGCUGCGGAUGCCACUGCCGCCGGCGCUGGCCCAGGCCGGAAAUGUAGUUCCUACGGUGGCGCCGCUCUUCGGCCGCCCCUCGCCCGCCGAUCACUACCGCAUGGAGCAGCUGGUCAGCGAGCAGUUCCGCCACCAUGGCUUCAAUCUGGCCGCCGCCGCAGCCGCCGCCCAGGCGCAGUUCAAUGCCAACGGCCAGGUGGUGCCCGGUUCGGUGGAGCCGCGUCCCCCGUCCUCCAGCAGCAGUGGCAGCCAGCGGGGAUCGGUGCCACCGGCAGCACUGCCGCCACCGUCGCUCAGCUCCCAGCAGCAGCAGCAGCAGCAGUCCGUGCAGCAGCAGCAAUCCGUGCAGCAGCAGCAGCAGCAAACGGCACAGCAGCAACAGCAGCAGGGUGUGCAGCAGGCGCAGCAGCAGCAGCAGCAGCAGCAGAUCACACCUGGUCUGGUGGGCGGAGCAGGUGGCUCGCUGAAGCUGGAACCGCAGCAGAUGGAUUUUUACUCGCAGCGAUUGCGUCAGCUUGCGGGCACAACAAGCCCUGGAGCUGGCAGCACUGUUAACUCGAGCUCGCCGAGUCCUCGACAGAAGCAAUCGCCGCACUUCGCGAGCCCCUCGCCCUCGCAGCAGCAACAGCAGCAGCAGCAACAGCAACAGCAGCAACAGCAGCAGCAGCAGUUGCAGCAGCAGCCCCUGGCAGCCAUCCCGCGACCCCAUUCCCUGACUCCGCCCGAGAAGCUGGGCGAUGGCAGCUCGGAGAACGGCAGCCUGGGCCUGAUCCUGGCCAGCACUCCGCGUUCGGCCAGCACGCCGCCCUCGAAGACCGCCGAUGUGCUGCUCCAGGAGCCGGCCAAUUGCUACGCGUGCAGCUACUGCGACAAGAAGUUCCGCUUCGAGAACAACCUGAUCAUCCACCAGAGGACGCACACCGGCGAGAAGCCGUACAAGUGCACCGCCUGCGACUUCGAGUGCUCGCACAUCCAGAAGCUGAUGAAGCACAUGCGGGUGCACCGCAGUCCGGCGGAUGAGCAGGACAACCAGGACAACCAGGACGAUGGCAGCAAUGCCGAUUCGCUGGAGACCAACGAGGCCGACAACGAUGAGGAUCCCAAUCCCGAUGAUUCCGAGGAGGAGCUGGGCGACGGCGACAACGAUCCCGACGGCGAUGGCGACCUCGAUGGCGAGGAUGAGGACGAGGACGAGCUGGAGGAGUGCGAGGACAUGGACUACAAGGCGGAGGACCUCAGUGUGAGCAAUCGCAUCGAUGGCAAGAGUCAGAGUCCCAAGACCACGAGCUCGGGCGCCACCUCGCUGGUGGGCGAGCUGAUGGACAAGUUCGGCCUCUCGAACAUUGCCCAGUACAGUGAGGCCUACAAGCAGGCGCUGCAGGAGUCCGGCCGCAAGGAGGCAGCCGCUGCCGCCGCCGCCGCCGCCGCCGCAGCCGCGGACAACAACAAUCGCGGCGCGGGUGCACCGCUGAGCGACAAGCUGAACGGCCUGCCCGUGGCUGCACUGCGUCUGCGCGAUGAGUUCGCCAAGAACUGCAACAUGUUCCAGCAGCCGCAGGACGGCGGGGCACCCUCGCAGGUCCCCCUCUUCAAUCCCUUCCCCAAUCCCUUCGAGCUGAGCAAGCGCAUGAAGAUGGACGGCGGCGACUGGUGGGGCAUGUCGCAGGCCCUGCACCGCAACGAGGCGCUGUUCGAGAACCUCAAGCUGAAGCCGCUGGGCCUGGGCGGGGCCAACUCGCUGAUCCAGGGGCCGCUGCUCAAGAAGGAGAGCCGCCAGCGCAACGACACCUGCGAAUUCUGCGGCAAGGUGUUCAAGAACUGCUCCAACCUGACGGUUCACCGGCGCAGCCACACCGGCGAGAAGCCGUACAAGUGCGAGCUGUGCUCCUACGCCUGCGCCCAGAGCUCCAAGCUGACGCGGCACAUGAAGACGCACGGCCGGACCGGCAAGGAUGUGUACCGCUGCCGCUUCUGCGACAUGCCCUUCAGCGUGCCCUCGACGCUGGAGAAGCACAUGCGCAAGUGUGUGGUCAACCAGGGCAAGGCGGCCGCGGCCGCCAAUGCGGUGGCCGCUGCCCAGGCGGCCCAGGCUGCCGCCCAGCACAUCCAGGCCGCUGCCCAGCAGGCGCAGGCCGUACAGGCUCAGGCGGUCCAGGCCCAGGCGGCCCAACAGUCGGCGGCGGCGGCGGCGCAACAGCAGCAGCAGCAGCAGCAACUGUCGCCCAUGGGCGUUGUGGGCUAUCCGCCGCAGUUCGUGGGCGGACACAAUCUCUCACUGCCGGGCAGCGUGAGCGGGGACAACGACUCGAACGCCUCCUCCAGCCUGACCGGCGUGCACCCCAUCUCGCUGAAGGAGGAGGCAUGACUUUUCAGUGGCUUCCCCGUGCCGCUGGCGCCACCACCGCCGCUGCAGCAGCAGCCGCUCCAUCCGCAGCAGCCGCCGCAGCCGCCGCAGCCGCAGACCAGUCGCAGUCGCAUCAUGUCGCGCAUCUUCUAAAGGUGUUGAAAAGAUCUAGAACAAUCCAAGGCCCCCUGUAAAUACGACUUUUUUGAAAAAAGCCCCCAUCCAGCUCCUUCCAGGCGACGAAAAAAAACGACCAGAGGCAUUUAAUACCAAAGCAAUAACCGUUAUGUAAUAUAAUUUUAAAGAUUCGAACCUUUUUUUUCUUAAACUAAAACUAAAACUAAAACUAAAAUGGAAAUGAAAACGAAAACAAAAACAAAAACAAAAACAAAAAAAAAACCAACACACACAACACACAAUUUUUUCCAACAUUUUUUUUCGUGCUUGUAAUUUAUAAAUAUACACGAAUAAAUAUAGUAUAUAAAUAUAUACGUAAAUGUAAUAAUGUAAUCGCUUUAGUGAGUAAUUGUGUGGACACACAUUUUCCAGUGUAUUUUCUAGGAGCUAAGUGAGACAAGCGCGGAGAGAAGGAUUUGUAUAAAUUGAGAGGAGGAAACCUACUGCGACUAAAAGUAAAGAAAAAAAAUAUGAAAAAAUUCUGCUCCCAGCGAGCCACAAAAAUAAGCAAAAUUAUACUCUAAACUUAAAGGCAUUACUAUACGAAUAUUAUCGAUGUGGGCGAGUGAAUGAAUAUUUUUUUCAUCGAUGUACAUUUUUUAGUAAAUCUAGAUCCCUAGCACUAAAGACGAACACUUGUAAAAAUCCUAACUCUAACUCUAAUUAUGAUUAUGAUAUCGUAGAUGUAUUCGUUCCCCUUCGAUUUUCCCCCCCAAUUAUUUCCCUUCCAAUUUUCCUUCUCGUUUGAUUCUUUUUUUUUUUUGCCUAGACAUAAUUCUAUUAUUAAAUGUAAUUUAAAUGCGAAAAACGAAAAAUAAUCAAAUUUUUUUACAUACAUAAAUAAAUAUAAAUGUAAAACACAAAUUUUUUUUAAACAAUUUUAGUCGUAAGCUGAGGAGGAGAAUCAUGCAUAAAAAUUGAGGCAGCAGGCAAAUUGAGAGAAGGCGAAGAUGCAAAUUUGUACGUAAAACUUCAAGUGAAAUAUAAGAAAUAUAAGGAAGCAAUUAACGAGAAAAUACCGAAACAACAACAAACAAACAAGAAAAAACGACAAAAACUAGAUUUAGAAGACUGAAGAACUGAGAACGAAAAUUGUUUUCUUGCUACAAAACGAAAAACAAAACAAAAAAAGUGAAUAUAAAAAUAAAAAGACAGAAAAGGACGAAGGGGACGCUAGAGAGCUGGAAAACGGACAAUGAAAUGGAAAGGAUGGAGUUGAAAGGACACGAGAGAGUGCAUUUUUUUAUGAAUUGUUUUUUUGCUGUUGAUUUUCGUUAUUUGAUUGAAACUAAAACAAAAGAUUGAGAUCCAAAAUUUUAAUUAAUAUUUAAUUGUUUGUUUUUGUAGUGAAAAUACCCUUUUGUGAGCAAAAUUCAAAGGCGCGAAAUUAGUUUAAACCUUGUUUUGUUUCGAGUCUCCUCCCCCCAAAAAUCCCACCUGGAAAUCCCCCUACCAAGGCAGUUUGCUCCUGAAUUGCCUUCUUACGGCCGAUUUCCUCCGUUUUUAUCGACGAAGUUUACCGUACAUAAUUUAUGGAAUUCGACAUGUACUAAAUUUAAGAAUGAGGUUUUAAUAUGCAUUAUGUUUCACAUAUAUAGAACAUAUAUAUAAAACGAAAACUGAAUAAACAAAGAUCCAUGAAAAUUGAAAAAAAACCCCACACACGAGUUAUGUUUUAUUUGGCAAUUUUUUCGGUUAACCCACUGGCCAGCACAUUGAUUUCUUCCACAACAAGCAGAGCAGAGGCGCAAACGGCAACCGAAACGAAACGAAGCAAACUAAAACUAUCAUUAAAUCUUAGAAAAUUAAUUGUAGCUAUUAAAAAACAACAAGAAAACUUUAUACUAAAGCGAUUCAGAAACCAGGAGAUUGUCUCAUUUGGCCGAGAGCAAUAGCAAAGAGGGGCGAAUUCCGAACGAAAAACAAGAAUAAAACGAAAAAAAAAAAUAUUUUUCAAAUGUGUGUAAUUUUUUGAAAGUAACAAUAACGAAAAUACGAAAAAGGAAAACAGAAAACCACAAAUUUAAAAAUUAA